AUGACCCGAACAACAUCAAGUGCUGCACUAUUGCUGGAUGUGCAGACUCGAGCAGCUACUGCGGAUGGACCAGUCGGCAUUGCAGUGGGAGAUUUAGAACUGGAUUGUGCCCGGGCGGUAACAAUUACAAAUGUUGUGAUCAUUGACACGACGCCCUUGCGUACUUAG